AUGAAUUAAAAUAAAUAGUGUUACCGAUAAAAUCGCAUAAUAAUUGGAUUCGUAUUAAUAAACAUACAUAAUUAUAUAUAAUAAUAAUUGUAAUAAAAUUUGUAAUAGUUCUAAAGAAUAAAUAGUGCUAUUGGUAAAACAUGGAAUUGGUCAGUGUUACUACUGCUACUGAUGCAGCUCAAUCUGUCUCAGAAAAUGAAACAAAAACAAAUGAUUCUCAGUAUGAUAAAGAUUCCGAUGGCAAGAAAGCUUCGAAACUCUUGUACGGAAUAAAUGAUAAUCCUCCAUGGUAUUUGAGCAUAUUUCUAGCCUUUCAACACUAUUUGACCAUGAUUGGUGCAAUCGUUUCAAUUCCAUUUAUUUUAACGCCAGCACUGUGUAUGUCAGACGAGGAUCCAAAUCGUGGAAUUAUAAUUUCGACCAUGAUUUUCGUAACUGGCAUAGUGACUUAUGUGCAAGCAACUUGGGGAGUGCGAUUACCUAUAGUUCAGGGUGGUACGAUAUCGUUUUUAGUUCCAACUUUGGCUAUAUUGGCGUUGCCGCAGUGGAAAUGCCCACCUGCGGAGGAAAUCGAAGUUAUGAAUGAAGAUAGUCGUCAAGAAUUAUGGCAGAUACGCAUGCGUGAGUUAUCAGGUGCAAUUGCAGUUUCAGCUAUGGUCCAAGUCAUUUUGGGUUAUACUGGCUUAGUGGGCAAAAUUCUUCGAUUUGUAACCCCUCUGACAAUAGUGCCAACAGUAUCAUUAGUUGGUCUCACAUUAUUUGAACAUGCUGCAGAAACAGCCUCUAAGCAUUGGGGUAUAGCGGUAGGGACUACAUCUAUGUUGACUCUAUUUUCCCAAAUAAUGUCAAAUGUUGCCAUACCUAUGCCAGUUUAUCGAAAAGGACACGGUGUUGAAUUUCGACCAUUUCUGCUGUUCCGUUUGUUUCCGGUGCUUUUAACAAUAAUUAUUAUGUGGGGUCUAUGCGGAAUACUUACACUAACUAAUGUAUUUGAGGAAGGACAUCCAUCUCGGACUGAUGUACGCAUCAAUGUACUAAUCAAUGCAAAAUGGUUCUAUGUUCCAUAUCCAGGACAAUUUGGUUUACCAUCUGUCACUUUAUCGGGCGUUUUAGGAAUGCUUGCGGGGGUGUUGGCAUGUACUGUAGAAUCAUUGAGUUAUUAUCCAACAGUAUCUCAAAUGGCAGAAGCCCAAUCCCCACCAUUACAUGCUAUUAAUCGUGGUAUCGGAACUGAGGGUUUAGGUACAGUUUUGGCUGGUCUUUGGGGUGCUGGCAAUGGUACAAACACAUUUGGUGAAAACGUUGGCGCCAUUGGGGUAACAAAGAUCGGAUCUCGUCGUGUUAUUCAGUGGGCAGCAUUCAUAAUGGUUUUGCAAGGAGUUAUAGGAAAGUUUGGAGCUGUUUUUAUUUUAAUUCCAGACUCUGUAGUUGGCGGAAUAUUUUGUGUUAUGUUUGGUAUGAUUGUUGCAUUCGGCCUCUCAACAUUACAGUACGUAGAUUUAAGAUCAGCCCGAAAUCUUUACAUACUGGGUCUAUCAAUAUUCUUUCCCAUGGUAUUAUGUAAAUGGAUACAGCAACACCCAGAUGCUAUUAAAACUGGAAAUGAUACCAUUGAUUCAACACUGACUGUUCUAUUGGGUACCACUAUUUUAGUGGGUGGUCUAUUAGGCUGCAUAUUGGAUAACAUAAUACCAGGAACACCAGAUGAACGUGGACUUAUUAAUUGGGCUAAAGAAAUGCCCCUUGGUGAUGACAACAUUAACGAUGGUACUGCUACAGAUUAUGAUUUCCCCUAUGGUAUGGAAACUUUAAAAAGAUGGAAGUGGACUUAUUAUGUGCCUUUCUUACCCACAUAUAAAUUGCAAACAAAAGACAGUUGAAUAUAUAAAACUUAAAUUGUAUUUGUAACUUUUUAUGUUUAUAUAUGUACAUAUGUAUAUGAAAAUAAUAUUUUACU